GUGGUUCUCAGCACAGACAGGGAAGAAUUGAUGGCCCCCUGGGACCCAUUUGAUUGGCACCCCCUCUGAAGAUUAUCUCCUAAGCAAGUACCCCCUUCUAAACUGGGGAUGUAGGGCUUUGAAACUAGAAAAUGCCAGGUCUGAAAGAGAAAAAAGAACAAGUCCGGCAACACACAGAGCUCUGUGUAUUCAGAGAGAAGUUGGCAGGAUUGUGCUCGGGCAGAGAAACUCCGAGUGGUACAAAGGGACGUGCCCAGAGUGAAGAAAUCAUGCUAAUUGUCUGCACCGAAGCUGGAGAACGCCACCCAAAAUGAAGAGAGAAAGGGGAGCCCUGUCCAGAGCCUUCAGUGCCCUGCGCCUCACUCCUUUUGUCUACCUACUUCUGAUCCAGACAGGGCCCCUGCAGGGGGUGAACAUCACCAGCCAGGUCCGCCUGAUCCAUGGCACGGUGGGGAAGUCCGCACUGCUCUCCGUGCAGUACAGCAGCACCAGCAGCGACAAGCCCGUGGUGAAGUGGCAGCUGAAGCGGGACAAGCCCGUGACCGUGGUGCAGUCCAUUGGCACAGAGGUCAUCGGCAACCUGCGCGCUGACUAUCGAGACCGCAUCCGCCUCUUUGAAAAUGGCUCCCUGCUCCUCAGCGACCUGCAGCUCACCGAUGAGGGCAUCUAUGAGGUGGAGAUCUCCAUCACGGAUGACACCUUCACCGGGGAGAAGACCAUCAACCUCACUGUGGAUGUGCCCAUUUCGAGGCCACAGGUGUUAGUGGCUUCGACCACUGUGUUGGAGCUCAGUGAGGCCUUCACCCUGAACUGCUCCCAUGAGAACGGCACCAAGCCCAGCUACACCUGGCUGAAGGACGGCAAGCCCCUCCUCAAUGACUCGCGAAUGCUCCUGUCCUCCGACCAGAAGGUGCUCACCAUCACGCGCGUGCUCAUGGAGGAUGACGACCUGUACAGCUGUGUGGUGGAGAACCCCAUCAGCCAGGGCCGCAGCCUGCCCAUCAAAAUCACCGUGUACAAAAGAAGCUCCCUCUACAUCAUCUUGUCCACCGGAGGCAUCUUCCUCCUUGUGACCUUGGUGACAGUGUGUGCCUGCUGGAAACCCUCCAAAAAGUCUAGAAAGAAGAAGAAACUGGAAAAACAAAACUCCCUGGAAUAUAUGGAUCAGAAUGACGACAGCCUGAAGCCAGAAGGUGAGCUCCCAGUGGCCCACUCGCCCAACCCAUCCUCACUCAGAUCAGUGGGCUUCUGGGAAAAGGCAGAACUGGGCCUCAAGGAAGCCGGCUCUGCAGGGCCCCUUCCUCCACCAACUGCCCGAAGACUGCAGAGCAGGGAGAGGUGCGGCCAAGCAGACACCCUCCCCCGAAGUGGAGAGCAAGAGCGGAAGAACCCCAUGGCGCUCUAUGUUCUGAAGGACAAGGACGCCCAGGAGCCCGGGGAGGAGCCAGCUCCGGACGCCUGA